AUGGGCGACGUAGCCCGGCCCUUUAGGCCCAUUGCCCCACGGACUUUCCCUCCAGGUGGUGGAGGUGGGCAUCAGCCUCCUACGGGUGGUGGACCUCCAGAGGAUGGUCGAAUGAAAAGAGCCUCAACCGCGUGCAAAGAGUGUCAGAAAAGGCGCACGAGGUGUAGCGGAUUGCCUACUUGCUCCGAGUGUCAGGCACACGGCCGUGAUUGCAUAUUCGACGAGUUAUCCGAUAAACGCCGCAAGGCCGCGGCGAGAAAAACCCAAGAGGAACUUGACAGCCUACGAACGUUUUUGGAUGAUUUGUUAGGAGUCUUUCGGGAUUUUGACCCGGAUUCCAUACAUGUACAGCAUGUCGUCGACACCAUUCGUUCCGGGGGUUCAAACGAUGCUAUUCGCAAUGCCAUUCUCGAGGCCCGCUCCCACCUGCAACCUACCAGGCCAUCGCAUCAUCCGAUGGAACAUCAAAUGAUAAAUGAUCAAAUGAGUCCUUAUUAUGAUCCCCGUUGA